AUGGCUUGCUGCCCUACUCGCGUUAGUGAAAUAUGUGCCCUUCUUUCUCUAUGGGAAAUUCAUAAUAAUAUGAAAUUUAGUAGCUUGGAAAUGAAGGAAAUACAAUUUAUUGAUUCAGAUGGGAAAAACUAUGAAAGGAUGAAGGUCCGUUCGUCUGUGAAAAAGAUGUGUGAGUUUUGCCCAACGGUGAAGAGACUUAUGUUCUGUGUUCUGCUAAUCCCAAGCACAAGCAGCGGCAGAGCAUCUCCACAUUUGCGUACCAAACCACCAGUAACGGCAAAUUCAAAGGAGAUGACAUCAUUUGCUGCUGAUGGUGCCAAAAAUGAAUGA